AAGCAGAAAAACGCUUUUAAUACGAGCUUCAUUACUCAUUAGUAUCCCUUUGCGUAACUUAUUGAGAUGACAUUUUCCGAAUCUAGUUUAUACUAAUAAUUAGCGUGCUCGUAAUCAUAAUUAGCGGGCGACGUUGGAAAAGGAUCCACGGCAAGACAGAACUUCGAGCGUAUGCAACUUGGAGCCGACCAGAUCGAACGUUAACCUGCAGGUGCGAAGGAAAAACACUUUUCGAAUAAAGGCUGGGCUUGCAGGGAAAGUCCAGAGCAAUAUUCUUAUACGCUAUAUGAAUCUCUGCUGAAGGUGGCUAAUUGUAAGCCAAAACAAGAAAUGGAAGUGACCCAACGAAAAAGUAGCCGAAAGCCUGUGCCAAAAGCUUUGCCACCGGGCUAUGUGGAUCCACGAUAUGCCAAGCAGUUCAUGGCAGAUAUGGAGAAGCAAGAUCAGCUGAUGGCCCCUCUGCAAACACCGGCCAGGCGCAGCCGUGUAGUUGUGCGCCGGCGAGUAGUCGUACGGAGAUCAGCUGCACAAACCCAUCUUCCCAAGCAGCCGGCACCUACCACAAUGCCGUGUUUUAUAUGCAGAAAGGCUUUUUUGCCGGAAGAUCUCGAACGCUGCGAGAAUUUGAACUGCACUUCCGCUGCUUGUGGUACAUGCAAGCAUAUUGUUCCGGCCACAGCUGAAAGAUUCGCUCAUAAUGGAAUUCCCCGUUAUAUCUGUCUGAAAUGCGUUCGAUGUGGGUUUUGUGGGAAAUUCACGGACUGGACUUCGCGGGAAAUUUUGCGAUGCUCAAAAUGUGCUGUCAGCGUCAUCCAUCUCAGUUGUUUCCGGACAUUGAAUAUUGGCUCCGAGGAUUUUCUACACUGGACAUGUACGGAUUGUAACUUCAGCAUCAUGAAAAAGUUCAUCGGGUGGAAUGUGGACAAGGCUACAACAACAUCGGAUAUCGCGUUGCCUCAGCAGAAAACUACCGGAAACACUCUGAACUCAUGUGUUCCGGAGAAAUCGGUCGCCAAACUCGUGCCCUCUCAAAGCAUGGCGAGUGAGGCGGAGGUGUCUCGACAAUUGGUUCGUGAUCUCUUUCUACCCGUAUCUGACAGCAGUGCCAUUAAGGUCUCAGAAGAAAAGCGCAAAAAGAAAAGAAAACUGAAAUCUGUCGAAAAACCGUUUUUGUCUGGUGCGACUAACGCGAAAGCAGUCUGCCGAGAAACAGCAAAAUGCAAAUGGACGAUCGAGCAAUGCGUACAGCACUUUGGACAGUUUAUGCCAGAAUUUGGAGCGGUUAUUGAAAAGCAUGACUUGACUGGUGCCGCUUUGUAUCUCAUUCAACGGAAUGACUGCGUAACGAAACUGGGACUUCCGGUUGGGAUUGCCGUAAAAUUUCAUGCCAGGAUUUGCGAAUGGCGCGGAAGUCAUUUCUAGUUCCAGUUACUGUUCAUAAGAUACUCUUUGGUAGAGGAUGUUUCCGGGUGUACAGUUUUGACAGUAACGCUUCUAGCACAUAUCGGUGCGGUUGUUUAAAUUUGGUGCUUUCGUUUACAUAGUAAAACGAUGCCGUUCCCGUUUUUCUGUCUUCUGAGGUCAAUAUUAGAACGGUUUGCUUUAUAUUAUAUGUUGGCACAGAUUUUUCGGGAUAUUUUUUUGGUACUUCAAUAAUACCGAUCGAGGUACUUGUUCUUUACGUGCACUUGCAGUUUAUAAAGCGUUUUGAAUG